AUGAGGGGGAGGGUGACCUCAGGUACAAGAAGUGAGGAUAGGAAGUGGCUUGUUCGGUUGGGUAUGUCUAAACUAAAGGAGUUCUUGGAUUUUCCAUUAAGCUUGGUGAAGUAUAUUAUGUUAGUGGACGAACAGAAUACCAUGGAUGUCUUUGCUACUUUGGAGAUUUCACCAUACCAAUUUAUAUACCCAAGUAACAACAGGAUUCCACAUGUGAAUAAGGAUUGGAACGUGAAUGUCGACGCGAGCUCAAUACACUAUGAUCUGACCAUCUACAACAUCCAACCGUGUUUGACCCUUCCAGGUUCAAUCUGCAGAACAUGCGCGAGAAAAAUAAUCCAGGAAAAAGAAGUGCUUAACAUUGUUCUAACAGCAACUCAGCCAAUUUUACAAUACCUGGCUGGCCCAUCAGAUCCCAAGCAACUCCCCUUCAUUUUAGCCGGGAACAAGGUUUAUGUAGACACUGGAAGAAGACGAGUGGAAAAAAUGAAAGAGAAAAGAGAAUGGGCAAUUAUGACAGAAGCACGGACAUCUUGAAUCAAUGCAUAAGGCAGGUUGUAUCACUUUUCUUGAUCUGCUUGAUGGUUAGUAUUCUCUUGUUAGAAGUCGCAUCUUUGAUGUCGGGGCCUGGGAUUUUUUUUUAAUAUGCUAAUGGUCAGCCUGGAAGUCCGUGACAUGUUUUCAUAGACUGUGGUAGACCAGUUAUUAAGUGGCAUACUUUCUUCCUUGGUUUCUAUUUUAGUUCUCAGAUGUCCUCAAUAUUGCUUUGCUUCGCCAUAU